AUGGGGGAAUUUGGGGGGGGAUUUGGGGGGUCCUGGGCAUCCCCCGCGCCGCUCCCCUCCCCCCCGCCAGGGGGCGCCCCCGCGGAGCCCCCCCGAGCCUCGGCCCCGCCCCCUCCUCCCGCCGACCAAUCAGCGAGCGCGGCGGGCGCCGACGGACAGGUGUGGGAGCUGCUGUACUGGCGCGUCCCCCACCGCUCGGCGCUGGCCUUGCUGGUGUCACUGGUGUUGCUGGGCUCCCUGUCCCGCUUCAGCGCCGUCGCCGUGGUGGCACACGCGGCGCUGGCCGUGCUGGCUGUCACCGUCCCCCUGCGCCUGCGCCAGGUGGCCCUGAGGGCGCUGAGGCCAUCGACCACAGAGAGCCCGGCCAGGAGGACAGAGCCCCUCAGUGAGGAGCAGCAGCAGCGCUGGGCGCGGUGCCUGGCCCGGCACACGGUGGCGGCCGCCCGCACCCUCACCCGACUCUUCCUGGUGCACAGCGUCCCCGAGUCCCUCAAGUUCGCCUUCCUGUUCUACCUGCUGACCUACGUGGGGGCCGCCUGCAACGGGGUGACACUGCUGGCAGCGGGUGUCAUCAGCGCCUUCACCUUCCCCAUGCUCUACCGGCGCCACCAGGCCCAGAUCGAUCAACACCUGAGCCUGGCCCGGAGCCACCUGAGCCACCUGCGAGCCAGGGUCCUGGCCAAGCUGCCAAGUGCCAAAGUGAAGCCGCAGUGACACCGCUGUCCCCACCCCGAGGUGACAUCCAGGAAGGGGGGCGUGGCCAUGGGAGGAGGCCACGCCCCCUUCAUGUCCUUUUUUCCCCUCCCCCCCCCUCAUCCGUGCGGGGGGAGGGGCGAUAAUUUAAUAAAAACUCUUGUGACAAA